UUUUACCUGACAUUCGUAAAUAAUUUUUUCAUAUUCAUCAAGUCAAAAUGGAUGAAAAUAUACAAAAAUUACAAAAUUAUAUUAUAUCUCCGGAUUUACCAAUACAUAAUCCUUUGCCAGAAGUUAUACCUCGACGCUUUGAUGAAACGCGUCUUUUACAUUUACCGAAAGGUGCUGCCAGCACCAAAUUAGUGCCACGUCGCGACUUUGUAACCGGCGAGAUUAUAGAAUUUGUCGAAGUAGACUUGGAAGAUGUUGGUGCCAACGCAUGCAACUCCACUUCAAUGCGCCGGGAGCCUGGGCUUCUAGAGGAAGCAACACGCGGAUCUGCUAUGAAUUUUCCUUUUUGGCCGGGUGGAUUAGAUGAACCGCCAAGGGAAAUCAAAAAGCUAAGCAUUGAUCUGGACUUUGGCACAGAACUGUUGACCCUGCCGCCAGGAUUUCAAAAAGGCUACAAUUUCGAGACCAACGUGGAAACACUUUCCCCUGGUUCAAUUUUGGUAAGCAAUGAUAAAGUAAAUCUCCUGGAAAAUUUAGAAAAGGAUCUCGAUGUUCAAGAGUGGCUUAAGUUGGCGGAACAACCAACGGAAGCUGAUUCGGUCACAGUUCUUGAUAACUCAACAGAAUUCAAAGAUGUAGAAGAGCAAAUUAUGAAUGCCGACCUUAAGCCAGUAUUGGAAAUCUCAAACAUAAACACUAAGUCUGCUUUCAGUAGUGAAUGGGCUGAAAUGGUUGAUAUCUCGCAUCCUAUUGCUAGUUUCAAAGAGAAAAUUCCAUGCCCUGCCAUGACCUACCCAUUUGAGUUGGAUAUUUUCCAAAAACAGGCAAUUCUUAAAUUAGAAGAACGUCAAUAUGUCUUCGUAGCCGCGCAUACAUCUGCCGGUAAAACGGUAGUGGCAGAAUAUGCUAUAGCCCUUUCGCAACGCGAUUUAACGCGUACAAUAUACACUUCACCCAUUAAAGCGCUGUCUAAUCAAAAAUACCGAGACUUCAAAAAAACUUUCAAGGAUGUAGGUCUGAUAACUGGCGAUCUACAAAUUGAUCCCACUGCUUCCUGCCUUAUUAUGACUACGGAGAUUUUACGCUCCAUGCUUUACUGCGGUAGUGAAAUAACACGAGAUCUCGAAUAUGUUAUUUUUGACGAAGUACACUAUAUAAACAAUCCUGAACGUGGUCAUGUUUGGGAAGAGGUGAUAAUACUUCUUCCCGACCAUGUGAAUAUAAUUAUGUUGAGCGCUACAGUGCCGAAUACAAUGGAGCUAGCUGAUUGGGUUGGCAGCACCAAA